AUAAAUCAAGAAUGACUAACAAAUCCUUUUAGACAUAGGAUGAGAGAACCUAAAAGUCCAACAGAGAAACUACACAAGAAAAGAGCCAAAUGAAAGGUACCACACUGCAAAACUACCAACAAAACCUUUUCAGCGUAUGUUAUUUUCUUUCUCCCAGAUUCUUUUGUACCUUUCAUGUAUUAAAUUUGAAAUCAUAAAUACCCUUCUCCUCUAUACAUCUGAUACAUAUUCACAUUCCUUUCUCUUCGUACAACAAUCCCACUACCUCAUUUCAGACCAACCCUUCAAUUCCAAGCAAAUCCCAAUGGAACCCUAUAGCACAACACAUAAUUAUCUAAUGUGGAUGAAGAGCAAAACCCUCAUAAGUGCAAGCAAAUUUCCAUCCUCCAUGAAUUCAUUCAACUGUUCAUGGGAAGAGGUUCAAGAACCCCUUGGGGGGUUCAUGUGGCCUCCAAGAUCCUACACAUGUAGCUUCUGCAGAAGAGCAUUCCGGUCAGCCCAAGCUCUCGGCGGCCACAUGAAUGUCCACAGGCGGGACAGAGCGAAACUCAAGCAAUCCAGUCCUCCCCAACAAGCUGAAGCUGGAACUCUUCAUCACCAGCAAAACCAUACUUCUAACUCAUGUCAAGAACCCCCAGGUAGGUCCCAUGCUCAAGAAAACGCAACGGGUCGACGUCAUCCGACGCAACUGCCAGAGCCCUUGUCGAAUUUUGAUCAAGAAAUUAGUCCAAGUAUUCAACCAUGGAAACCGGCUUCAGGGUAUGAUGAUUUUAUUGAAACCAAGUUAUCAGUUGGUAUAGACUUUGUUAAGAGGCAUAAGAAAAGUGCGGCCUCGGCGUUGCCUUUUCUUCAGAGAAAACUGUGUUCAAGUGAUAGAUGUAGUGACAGUUCCAGGGAGGACAUAGAUCUUGAGCUCAGGUUGGGGGAUCCUCCGGCUGUGAAGUAGGACUUGUUUUACUGCUUUGGGGUUGCAAAUUCAACUAUUGAAUUACGUGUUUUCUUUUUUCUUUAUUCCAAUUUUCAUCUUAAUCUUGAUUAGUUCAGAGUGUUACGUAUUGUUCCUACUCAUUCUUUAUUAUCAGUAAUCUAGUUAAUAAUCACUUGAAUACAUGUAUAUAUAUAUAUAUAUAGUGAUCAACCUUUUUCAUCAUCUGACAUACAC